GGCGGGGCGGGCGCUUGCACCUGGAGCUGGAGGGGGAAAAAAAAAGGAAAACCAGACGGGGAUGCGCUCGGCUGGGGUCGCCGCCGAUUGGUUUUCCGCCGCUGCCGCCGCCGCCGCCGCUGCUGCUGCCAGAGGCCGACCUCCUCCGUCCCAGAGCCCGGUGGUGAGGCCAUGGUGGCCGCUGCCCCUGCUGCCGCCGCGGCCAUGAGGAAGAGCUUCCUGGUGCCCGAGAUCAAGCCUUUAGACCAGUAUGACUUCUCUCGGGCGCGCAGCGCUGCCAGCCUGGCCUGGGUGCUGGCCAAGGGCUACGGGGGUGCAGAACAUGUCCCUGCUGAACUGCGUGAGCCUUUCUAUACUGACCAGUAUGAACAGGAGCAUAUGAAGCCUCCUCUCAUUCGCCUGUUGAUCUCAUCGGAUAUCUACUGCCGUGCCUGGCGCCACGCUCUGCCCUCAGGCCCCGAUGGUGCCCCUUCGCCCAAGGAUAAUGCUGCCUUGCUGCAACUUCUUGCCCACCGUGGCCUGGUGCCCACCUUCCAAGAGAAGCCCGUGAGGGAGGCUGACCUGCACCACAAACCAAUCAGGCUGGGGGCUCACCUAGCACUGAUUGACUCACUGAUGACGGCCUAUGCAGUAGAAGCCACCAGCUCUCUAAGUGUUGCACCGGGGACUGACACCGCUGCCAUCUCCUGGGACCAGAAACUUCUACACUGGAUAGACAUGGUCAUUAACAAGAUACAGCAAAGUGCCGAGCAGGAAUGUUCUCAGCGGUCUGCUCCUGGUACCGAUGGCCAAACCCAGGCCUCCAAUAGCGGUCCCAAGUGUCCCACAAGGUGGUACUGGAAACUGGUUCCUCAUGCCAUCGCUUUUUGUUUGAAGGAAUCUGGGAAUAAGCCUCCUGUGAUCCGCUACCGGAAGGACAAGGCCCUGCCGAAACAGACCCCCUGUUUCCCUGCCAUCACAGGCAUGAAGGAUCUAGCCAGUGGAGGUGCCAUUGCUGCCACCAUCCACUAUUACUGCCCCCAGCUGGUACGCUUGGAAGAUGUGUGCCUCAAGGAGACGAUGUCCGUGGCAGACAGCCUCUAUAACCUGCAGCUGAUCCAAGGCUUUGCGUCUGACUACUUGGGUGGCACCUGUUUCCUCUCCCUGGAGGACCUGCUGUACAUGCCACCUGCAUUGAGGAUAAAUGUUGGGGUGUUCCUGGCAGAGUUGUUUUUGUGCUUCGAGGUGCUUAAGCCAGACUUCGUAUGCCCUAAGGAGCUGCCCAGACUUCAAGAUUCCCCUGGAUUGAAUGACUCUUUGACACCAAACAGUGGGAACAACAACAGCAGCUCCCCAGUGUUCAGCUUCCGGCACCCACUGCUUCCUGGAGGGCAGGCGCAGUCCCCACUCUGUGGUUCCUUAGGCUCCCUGCAUCAUUCCACAUCCAUGUCCCACGUAGAGGGCUUUGGUAAAGCAUGGAGCAAGAAGCAGCUCAGUCACCCUCUGUCCCAGGCCGUCUCCUUCAGCAUCCCUUUUGGCCUGGACAGCGAUGUGGACAUUGUAAUGGGCAACCCGGUGGGCAUCCUGCGCUCCGUCAGUUCUGACAGCUUGGCCCCUCCCCUUUACUCCUCUUUGCCCCGCUCUCCCCGCCCCCGGCCCAGUGAGGUGGCCGAGGCUGCAAAUGGUUUGGUGACUCCAUCACUCCAUGGAGCAGGACCCAAGAGCCAAGAGGGGCAGGCCUUGGAAAACGGGCUGACGGACGGGUACUCUGACCUGCCCACGAUUGAGGAGGCCCUGAAGAUCAUUCACAGCAGCGAGCGCUUGCUGCCGGAGGGAGCUCCCGAUGGCUUCUACCUGCACUCGCCAGAGCCGCCAAAAGCCUCGGCACCGGAAAAGGUGCCCGCGGCCGCAGUUUACCGUUGCCACAAUGGACCUCCCAAUGGAGCAGAACCAGCCCAGGAUGGCAGCCUGGACUCUGACGCUGAAGAGCCCUCACGGCCUCCUGGUGGCCCCGAUGAUUCCACCUCAUGUGUGAGCUCGCUGAGUUCACAACCAGACAGCACGGCUUCCUCCGCCUCUGGUGUGCGCAUGACCAGCUUUGCGGAGCGCAAGAAGAAGUUGGCGGCGACGGACAGCAAGUCGAGUGGGAUCAGCUCGGAGGGCUCAGAGGCUGGUCCCCUCCCUCCAGAGGAAAGCCCUGCCCAGAGCCCUGCCCUCAGCUCAGAGAUGAGCCAGUUGGGUGCGCGGUUGGAGGAGAAGCGCCGUGCCAUCGAGGCUCAGAAGAAACGCAUAGAAGCCAUCUUUACCCGGCACCGUCAGCGUUUGGGCAAGAGCGCCUUCUUGCAGCUGCAGAAGGCACCCGAUGGCCAGCCCCAGGCGGAGGACAGCCGGCUCACUCUGGAGGAGCGCCUGUCCCAGCUGGAAGCUGAGGAGGAGGCCGGAAGCCCUCGAGCCCGCGUAGAGAAUAAGCAGGUGACCUUCUCCCCGGAGAUCACCAAGAGUGGGCUUGACGAGAACCUGGGCGACUACAAUCGGGCUGUCGCCAAGUUGAACACUGCUCUGAGCUCACUGCAGAUGGACAUGCAACGUCUGAGUGAUCAGCAGCAGCGCCUCAUGCAGGACAAGAAGCCCAGUGCCCAAGCCUGGGUGAUCCCAGCCCCCAGGGCGAGCCGCGAGGGGGCUCCGCCUCGUUCUUCAGUGGAGUUGUCCUCACCGUCACCCUCGCCGUCCCCUUCCCGCAAAUCCCGUUCGCCUCAGCCCACGCCAAAGAAGUCUCCGGCUCCCGCUCCUCCAAAGAGCCCUAAGCACACACGGCCGGUGGAGCUGAAGCUGCCGCCCCUCACUCGGGUUCUGACACCCCCCCACAAUGUGGACACCCUCCCGCACCUCCGCAAAUUCUCUCCGAGUCAGGUGAAUGUGCAGACUCGCUCUUCCAUCCAUUUUGCUGAGGAUGAGGAGGUGCCGGUACCAGAAGCAGAGGUCCCGGCACCGGGUAAUCUGCGGCCGGUAGCCUCGGUACCUCCCCAAGGGGGCAACGCCCGGGUUUCAGGAGAUGGCACGAGUGAUGUCUCCUCCCCCAGCGACCGACGCAGCAGCCUGAUUGAGAUCCCCUUAUCGAGCUUGAAGGGGGAGGAAGACGACGAUGUAGAUGGUGAUGACUCGCUGGAGGAAUCUGUCGCAGAGACACUGGACUCUGAACCCCGUUCUGGCCUGGGCUUCUUUUUCAAGGGUGAGGAGAAAGCUGAAGAGGAGAUGGCACAGAAGCGUGCCACCUUCUUAGAGAGACAGCAGCGGCGCACGGAGGACGCACGGCGCAGGAAGCAGUGGCAGGAGGAAGAGAAGGAGCAGAAGAAAGAGGAGACCAGACUGCAGGCAGAAGAGCGGCCCCGCCAGGAGGAGGAAGUAGGGCCAAGACGAGGCGAUUUUACCCGCCAAGAGUACCUGCGCCGCCAUCAACUCAAGCUGAUGGAAGACCUAGACAAGGUCUUGCGGCAGAAACCGACCACUGUGCGCGCCCUGAAGAAAGGACGGCCCAAGACGGUCUUCUGCGAUGAUUCCGCCCUGUCCCGCAGCCCUGUUAAGGGGCUCCUGGGCUCCAAGCUCAGCAAGGUGUACUCCCAGUCGACCCUCUCACUUUCAACAGUGGCGAACGAUCCUGGCAACUCACUAUCGAUCAAGAGGUCUCGAGCUGCCUCUCCUUCUGGGCCAAUGUCCCCCAGCCGCCUGCUGCCAAACCAGGGCCGGGAGCGUGACUGGGAGAAUGCUUCAACGGCUUCCUCACCUGCCUCCAUUCCAGAGUACACUGGGCCCAAACUGUACAAGGAACCCAGUGCAAAGUCCAACAAGUACAUGAUCCACAAUGCCCUGUCUCACUGCUGCCUUGCUGGCAAAGUCAAUGAGCCUCAAAAAAACCGCAUCCUGGAGGAAGUGGAGAAGAGCAAAGCCAAUCACUUUCUCAUUCUGUUCCGCGAUUCAAGUUGCCAGUUCCGUGCCCUCUACACUAUGUCAGGAGAGACGGAUGAACUGACACGUUUGGCAGGUUAUGGGCCCAGGACGAUCACCCUGCCCAUGAUCGAAGGCAUCUACAAGUACAGUUCCGACCGGAAGCGCUUCACUCAGAUUCCCAGCAAGACCAUGUCCAUGAGCGUAGAUGCCUUUACCAUCCAAGGCCACCUUUGGCAGACCAAGAAACCAGGAACCCCCAAAAAGCCAGGCACCCCAAAGUAGCUGGACCUUGCAAAGCUUGGUGUCUACUCUCUCUGUCUGAACUUUUGAGCUGCUAUUUGGUUGCCAGACCCACUUGGAAACAUUGGACAUUGCAGGGGACCUUCUGUGCUGACUGAUUGGAGUGGACAGGGCUUCUAGGCAUGAGUGUUCUCCUUAUCCAGGACCAGUCUGGCUGGAUGAGAACCACCUGGCCCUCGACUGCAUCGUUCUGGCGGCUGCUCUAACCACUGACUCUUGGCUUUUGAGGAUCAAGGGGUGGACAGGGGUAGGAAGACAGAUGCUGUGGAAACUGCCAAAUCCCACGAUAAGCUAAAGGCUCAGAGUUGCCAUAGUGACACUGCCCUACAUAGGGCACCAGGGGUCCGGGCUCUGCGUACUCCAUCUGCCUCCAGCCAGCAUCUGAAUGUCAGCCCACAGCCAGAGGAAUGAAGGGUGUCUUUUUCUGACUCCUGCUUCUCUGGGGAAUGGUGCCCGGGCCCUCCCAGAUUCUGUACUGGGUUUCUCAUUCCUGGGUGUCCCUGUUUAUAUUUAUACAUACUAUACAAAUAUAUAUAUAUAUAUAUAGGAGCUAUUUAAUGAUUUUUCAAUUAUUUGUAUAUAAAAGGAACAAAUUACAUUUGGAACAGAGGGGCAGGGUGAAUUUGUAUGAGGAUGGCAUGGCGGGGAUAGCACAGUGCAAGGUGUGUGUGUGCGUGUGUGUGUACAUAUGUUCCUUCCUCCAGCGUCUUUCACUGAAUGUCCUUUUUCUUCUCAACAGUUUUUAUUGUCUCUUCCCUUGUGCACAAGGGCUAUUUGGUGUAGGGAUGGGAAAGGGCUGUGGUGUCCUAACUUUUUAGUAGGCAUUUUUUUGGGAUGCCAGGUUAUUAGCAAGAGCCUGUCUUUCUGGUGAGACAGCAGGCUUUAGCUGGCCACUUGCCUUUAAAUGCUGGGAAAGCUGGCUGUAGUCACAGAGCAGGCCUCUGUGAGUCCUGAACUGAGCUGCCAAAAGAAAGUAGAGAUUCGUAUCCUCCUCUUCCUCCCCUAGAUCUUUCCUACCAGUUUUGAGCUGUAGUAGGGAGUGAAUGUAGGCGGCUGCUCCUUGAGUCCUUUCCAAGAGCCAGAACAGACCUGGGCCCAGAGGGCUACUACACUUUUGCUACUUAUGGGAUCCUCUUCCUCCUCUCUGAUCUCCCACCUGCUCUUCCAGAAUAGACGUUUCUCUCAAGGCAGAGUAGGGGUGGUGGGGGUGAGGGUUUACUGUCAUUGAGUUUGGAUUCUCUACCCUGAUUCUGUCUUGUCCAGCUCUACUCCUGGGUCUCUUGUGGUUGCUUGUUGCUGACUGAAUGUCAUGUAGAUGUUUGGGAAUACAGUAUAGUGCAAGGGGUGAGUUGAUGUAAAAAGCAGGUGGGGACUUCGCCCUCUCUGCUUAAUAAAGUAACUUAAAUGA